UAUUUUACUUAAUAAAACAAAACAUACCUGUAUACACACGCAUUCACUGAUAUUGAAGAUGCAGGAUGAAGAAAGAUACAUGACAUUGAAUAUACAGUCAAAGAAAAGGAAUUCUGCCCAAACAUCUCAACUUACAUUUAAAGAUUAUUCAGUGAUGUUGCACUGGUAUAAAAUCUUACUGGGAAUAUCUGGAACCAUGAAUGGUGUUCUGGCUUUGACUUUGAUUUCUCUGAUCCUGUUGGUUUCUCAGGGAAUAUUGCUAAAAUGCCCAAAAGGAAGUCAUUCAAAUAUCACCCAGUGUGAGGAUACUGGAGACCUAAAAGUGAAUAAUGGCACAAGAAGAAAUAUAAGUAAUAAGGACCUUUGUAUUUUGAGAUCUACAGACCAGACAGUACUAUGCCCAUCAGAAUGGCUCAAAUACCAAGGAAAGUGUUAUUGGUUCUCUAAUGAGAUGAAAAGUUGGAGUGACAGUUAUGUGUAUUGUUUGGAAAGAAAAUCUCAUCUGCUAAUCAUACAGGACCAACUUGAAAUGGCUUUUAUACAGAAAAACCUAAGGCUAUCAAACUACGUAUGGAUUGGGCUUAACUUUACCUUCUUGAAAAUGACAUGGACUUGGGUGGAUGGUUCUCCAGUAGAUCCAGAGAUAUUCUUCAUAAAGGGACCAGCUAAGAAAAACAGCUGUGCUGCCAUUAAGGCAAGCAAAAUUUACUCUGAAGCCUGCAGCAGUGUUUUCAAAUGGAUUUGCCAGUAUUAGAGUUUGACAAAAUUCAUAGUGAAAUAAUCAAUGAUCACUAUUUUUGGCCUAUUAGUUUCUAACAUUAAUUUCCAGGUGUAACAUUUUAAAGUGCAGUUAAAUGCAAAAAUCUCUUCUCCCUUCUCCCUCCAUCAUUGACAUUAGUCUAACCUCAGAGUAACCCCUGUUAACAAAUUAAAAUGUACCCUUCAAAAUUUUUACUUGACAGUAUAAACCAAUAUGACUUCAUGUAAUUAUAUCCAGGAUACCUAUUCAUUGUUUAUUUUAUGCCAAAUGUGAUCAAAUGAUGCCUGUUUUUCCUGUAUCUUGGCUUUUUAAAUUCUUAAUAAUGUCCCAAGCAAAAUUUCUUGUAUUUCUAAGGGCUGAAUUAUAAUGUGGAUUUAUGCAUUUCUUACCCUUUUAUCAAAGAGAAUUAAUUUUGUUUCCUGGCUUAUGCUACUCUGCACUUGGCUACAAUAAACAUCGUGAAUAUUUUCUUAAAUAGUAGCACCUUUAUUUCUAUGAUAUAAACCCUAAAAGUAGAAUUUCUAGGUAAAAGUGUUAAAUGUGUUGUUUGUUUUAUAUUUUAUACAAUUUUUAUAUGUUGCACUUUUAUUUCCAAAUUUAGAAGCUUUCAAACUUAUAGGAAGAUAUUAGGUGCAGAAAAAGAAUAUACUGCUUUUCUUGAACUCUUCAGAAUUAGCUGCCAAAUUGAGGCAUUUUAUUAUAACAUUCCAUUUGUUAUUUACUUUUUGUGUGUUUCCAUCGGAAUAGGGGCCUUCUCCUACAUAUCCACAAUAACAUUAUAAAAAUCAGCAAAUGUACAUUGAUAUAGAACUAUCAUCUAAUGCCCAGACUUCCUUCAAGGUUUGCUAUUUAUCAAAAUAAUAUUUUUUAGAAUAAAAGCAUCCCACUCAGAA